ACUUGUUAAAUAAAGAAUGAAAGGACAAGACUAAUUUUAUCAAUGAAAAGACUUCUUUUUGUCCUGGGGUCUGUCAUUAAAUCGCUACGGUGACGUAUAAGUGGUUGAGCUAUACGCUAGGGGUUCAUGUUAACCAGGCCAAACAAUAUUGAAGGGGACCCAACUAAUCAUAUUUGCUGGAUUGUGAACAUAAAAAUGAAUUUAGGAUGUUACCAAAAGGAACAUUAUUUCUGCUUUGAGCAGUUGGCAGUAUCGGGGCAAUGAAUACUCUGAACCUAGGCAAUGAUGCUGUAUGAUUAUGUUGAAAGAAAACGAAAAGAAAACUCUGGAGCCCAGUUGCAUGUCACUUACUUAGUGUCUGGCAGUCUCAUUCAGAAUGGACACUCCUGCCACAAGGUUGCAGUAGUGAGAGAAGAUAAAUUGGAAGCAGUGAAGUCCAAGCUAGCUGUGACUGCCAGCGUCCAUGUGUACAGCAUCCAGAAAGCCAUGCUAAAGGACAGUGGGCCUCUGUUCAAUACCGACUAUGACAUCCUUAAAAGCAACUUGCAGAACUGCAGCAAGUUUAGUGCCAUACAGUGUGCAGCUGCAGUCCCUAGAGCUCCUGCUGACUUGUCAUCUUCUGAAAAGGGUCAACAGUCAAAUCAUCAAGUAGCAAGGGAGGCACAAGUCAAUAAUGAGUUGACCACCAACGGUCAUGGCCCACCUCCCUCCAAACAAGUUUCCCAACAGUCCAAAGGAGUCAUGGGAAUGUUUCUCUCUAAAGCUGCUUCUAAAACCCAAGAUACCAACAAGGGAACCAAAACAGACGCUAAAGAGGUGACAAAUGCAUCUUUGGCAGGCAAUAAAGCACCAGCAAAAACGAAUAUGACAAGCAAUUUUUUUGGAAAAGCUGCAAUGAAUAAACUUAAAGUCAGUUUGGAUUCAGAACAAGCAGUGAAAGAAGAAAAAAUAGUGGAGCUACCUCCAGUGUCUGUUACUGAACCAAAGCUGGCAGCUCCUGGAGGCCUAAAGAAAUCCAGCAAAAAAGCAGAGCCUGUUAAGACGCAGCAGAAGGAAAAAAAAAGGGGGAAGCAAGUGGAUCUAUCUGAUAAUGAGACAAAAGAAACUGAAAAUAUAAAGAAAAAGAGAAGAAGAAUCAAACUUCCUGAAUCUGAUAGCAGUGAAGAUGAAGUCAUGCCAGACUCUCCUGGGGCUUAUGAAACAGAGUCGCCAUCCCCACCUCCUGCUUCUCCACCACCUGAACCAGUGCAGAAGACUGAGACAGAGCCUCCUCCAGUCACGAGCUCGAGUGGGGAAAAUAAAAGAAAACGAAAGAGGGUGCUGAAAUCCAAAACCUUUGUGGAUGAGGACGGCUGCAUAGUAACUGAAAAAGUCUACGAGAGUGAAUCCUGCACAGACAGUGAAGAAGAAUUUAAGAUGAAGACAUCCUCCACACACAGGCCCCCUGCCGUUACUCUGAAAAAGGAAGCCAGAGAGGAACGAAAAGGUGCCAGAAAAGGGACUGCUGCUCUGGGCAAAGCCAACAGACAAGUGUCCAUUACUGGCUUCUUCCAGAAGAAGUGAACGUCCUUCCCUGUUAGAACAGAGUGUGGAGUGGUCAAGGAAAAGACCAAGAAAUAGUCUCGCUUACUGUGUAAGUUCAUCCAACACCUCACCUCGCCUGUAUCAAAAGCCUGUUCUUCCAUCUUGUUAGGUUUAUAUUGCUUCUGGUUUCUAACCAGAAGAAUGUUUUAAAAAGUUGUUACCUUCUGAUGAGAUCUUUAAGCACAAUCUUUGACCUGUCCAGGAAAGGAAUUCACACCAGAAAUUGGAACAGGUUUCCAAAUUAUCACUGAUGCGGUUUUGUGGCUAAUCCACAACACCUCACGCCACCAAUCACAGUACAGAAAGCCCCUCUUCUUGUUCCCUGGUAUUCUGCAGACCUGUGUGGGUGUUUACCGCUCCCCCUGUAAUUCCCCUCCCAACACUACCAUGCUUCUAUGUGAAGCGGUUCUCUGUAAGUCUUCUAAGUCUUGGUUGGACUAAUGGCUGAAACAAAUCUCCCUGUAAUCCUCUUUUCUCCGUUAGAAAGUACACUGACAACUGGCUACAGACCAGCAUAUUAUUUGCAUUCUGCUACUUUCACAAAAGCUCUGUAGACCUUCACUCAAAAUUAGUGGUUAGGGAAAAGCCUGAGGCAGAGCACAAAUAGAAAUGCAAUGAUGUAUUCAAGUCUCCCAGAAUUACUUCGAGUCAGCACUGUGAUAUUAGAGGACUAGUCGCUGACACAGGGGUGCUUUGUGCUGCCUUUUGUCUUUGCCCCCGCUCUCAGUACAUAGAAUAAACCCUUGCAAUGAAAUAAAGGCUACAAAGAAAAAUCCCUUCCUACAUACAGUGUAUAGUGGUAAGGUAAAAUCUCUCAAGAAGACCGAAUGCAAAGAAAUAGUUUUCCAAGAAGCUAAUAAGAGAAAGCACACAUUUCAUUUACACCCAGAUGCUGUUCCUCUGUAUUGUUAACUCUUGAAUUUGCUUCCCAGAAGAGAUGGAGAGAUUGAGCUGUUGGCAGAUUUAACCAUAAAUAAAACAUUUUCAUUUGUU